AAUAACAGGGAAUCAUUACCCAUUCAUAUAUAUACCAAAUUACCAAUUCUAUACCUUACUUCUCCUCAGUGCCUCGUUGCUUAUUCACAUCUCACGAACACCGUUUCAAUUCAAGCAGAGAGAAGAUGGCUGUUCCUCUGCUAACGAAGAAAAUUGUGAAGAAGCGUGUCAAGCACUUCAAGAGACCUCAAAGUGACAGGAAAGUUUCUGUUAAGCCAAGCUGGCGCAGGCCAAAGGGUAUUGAUUCCCGUGUAAGGAGAAAGUUCAAAGGAUGUACUUUGAUGCCAAACAUUGGUUACGGUUCAGACAAGAAGACCCGCCACUAUCUUCCUAAUGGAUUCAAGAAGUUUGUUGUUCACAAUGUCAAAGAUCUGGAACUUCUGAUGAUGCACAACAGGACCUACUGUGCUGAGAUAGCACACAAUCUGUCAACCAGGAAAAGAAAGGAGAUUGUUGAACGUGCAGCACAAUUGGAUGUUGUUGUCACCAACAAGUUGGCUAGGUUGCGCAGCCAAGAGGACGAGUGAUUGCUUUUUCUAUAUAAAAAUUUAUUUUGCUUUGCUUGUUUAUGGUAUGAACAUGUCAGAAAAUCCUUCUCAGAAUUGUUGUCUGAUGGAUUAUUGUUUGAAUCGAGUGCUUUAGUAUUGAGUAUUGACUACUUGAGUUAUAAUUUGUUUCAAGUGGUUUGACACAUUCGUAUUAAUAGUCAUCUUAUGCUUUCUUCCAAUAUUCUUGCUAUCUGAUGAAAGAUUGCAAAGUUGAUU